AUGUCGUUGUGGAUUCGUCCUGCUACUAUUCUGCCUCGAUUCGUCGAGGAAGCCAUGCGAGACUUCCGUCAUUUGGAACCGAUGAUGUUCGCUCCACUUCAACGCUUCACAGCUCCAUGGGAAACGGCGGAAACGGCUACUGGCGAGGAAAAGAGAGAAGUAAAAGAAGAAAACGGCUACUCUAUGACGUCCUUCGUGCGACAAUGGGAUCUUCCAGAAAACGUUGAUCUGGACGCUGUUCGCUCGUCCCUCUCAGACAAUGGCCGCCUUUCCAUCGAGGCACCGAAGAUCGGGAAGGCAUCUGAGUCCGGAAGAACCAUUCCUAUCCAGCGGGUCAAGGAGGCUGAGAAAACCGAGAAAAAAUGA